AGCACAUGUGACGAGGGGGAAAAAAAAAAAAGCUUUUGUCAUUUUUUGAUCAGAAAGCAAGAAAAAAAUACUGAGAUGCUUUUCACAACUUCUCCCGACAGCUCCGACGUAGAGUCCUGCGCGUACAUCAACCAAGGCGCGUACAGUCAGCCAGGAAAGUGGCGACAUGGCUCGUGCGGAUCCUCGUUGCCGUACAUGUGCGAGCGCUCGCCGGAUGGUAAGCCCACACGAGUUGGGAUAUUACGAUGUCGAAAGGAACAUUUCAAUUGUGUGGUCUUUCUGCAGACUGCCCGGAGAGUCGGUCGUGUUCCUCCAAAGACUUGGGUUACAAUCGAGUGGAAACUUCCUCCUGCGACCCCGGCGACUUCCUGUACGAUGACUCUUGCUAUCACUUUGAGGGGAAAAUGAUGACUUGGCAGCCCGCCGAGAACUUCUGCAAGGGAUGGAAUGGUCACCUGGCCAGCGUCCACUCAGAGGACCAAGCCAAAUUCUUGGCUUCUCACGUGAGAAACGUAACUCAUCAUACAUGGUUGGGACUCCAGAAGAAGAACGGCACGUUUGAGUAUUCUGACGGAACAUCUACCGCUGGCACCCCAUGGGUGCCAAACGGACCUACAAACUCUUACAACUGUGCAGCUCUGAGGCCAGAAGGAAGAGUUGAUGACUGCUCUUGCACCAAAAUGUAUGGAGCCAUCUGCAAAAAAGCCAAAGUCCGACAGGCUCUUACUGCUCAUCUGCCGUCAAUAUUCAGGCCAGGCUGGAGCGAAAAGUGUGGCUGGUGGCUGGACAACCCGUCCGACGACUUCUGCUACCUGAUCAACCGCCAGUCCCGCAAGACCUGGCAGGAGGCGCGAGACGACUGCGUCGGCCGCGGAGGCGACCUGCUCAGCAUCUCUCACUCAUAUGAAGAGAACUUCAUAGAAGGUCUGUACACCCUUCAUCUGACCAUUCCCUCUCUAUGGUUGGACGCCAAUGCCAAUAUCACUGAAGGCAGCAAGUGGACUGAUAGAUCCCCGUUUACUUACAAAAACCUGAAAACAGGUAACCCCAGUGAUGCCACUGGCGGACGCUGCCCUUCCUUGCUCACUAUCGACGGCAGCUGGAAAUUUGACAAUUGCAAGAAAAAAAGCAACUACAUCUGCACGAGAAGAGGAAAAGUCGAGCAGAAGUUAUGUGAUAGGACCAAGGGCUGGCUCCCUUUGGGCUUCAGUUGCUACAAGAAGAUUGCGACUCCCAACGGUUGGCUGGGGGCUCGGCACGACUGCGUCUGGGAGGGCGGCGACCUGGUCUCGUUCUCCUCAUCGAACGAGGAAGCCUUUGUGAAGAAGCAAAUGGGCGACGACCCCUUCUGGAUCGGACUCUCCAAUCUGAAAUGCGAUGAGGCUUGGUGUUGGUAUGACGAGGAGCAAAAGAAGCUGACUUGGUCCAAUGUCAACGUGAUGGCAAGCUACUCUAACUGGGACUCGCGUCAGGUUGAAAGCUCCGACGUAGAGUCUUGCGCGUAUGUCAACCAAGGCGUGUGGAACGAGAGUCAGCCAGGAAAGUGGCGACACGGCUCGUGCAGAUCCUCGUUGGCGUUCAUGUGCAAGCGCCCACUGAACGACUGCCAGGAGGGCUGGCCGUGUUCCUUAAAAGACUUCGUUUACGAUCGAUUGGAGACUUCCUCCUGCCACCCUGGCGAAUUCCUGUUCGACGAUUCUUGCUAUCAUUUCGAGGGGAAGAAGAUGGUGCAGUGGGCCGCCGAGAGGUUUUGCAAAGGACGCAAAGGUCACCUGGCCAGCGUCCUCGCAGCGGACGAAGGCAAUUUCUUGGCAGCUCACAUCCGAGACGCAGGAGGAUAUCGGCCUUUUGUGGGACUGAGGAAGAAAAAAAAUAACUAUGAGUGGAUUGACAAACACACUACGGACAACGUCACGCAGUUGAUGGGAAAAAAUUCGACAGUAUUCGAUGAGUGCUUUGCUCUGUCAGCUUGUGGACAAUUUGAUGAGUGGUCAUGCGCUCAAGAGCAGCCAUCUAUCUGCAAAAAAGCCAAGGUUCAAGAGGGUCUCCCUUUUCUGCCGUCAUCAACAUGGAAACCAGGCUGGAGCGAAAAGUGCGGCUGGUGGCUGAACAACCCGUCCAACGACUUCUGCUACCUGAUCAACCGCAGGUUCCGCAAGACCUGGCAGGAGGCGCGAGACGACUGCAUCAGGCUCGGAGGCGACCUGCUCAGCAUCACCCACUCAAGUGAAGAGUACUUCAUACAAGGUCUGUACGCUUUUCCGCUGACCAGUCCCUCUCUGUGGUUGGGCGCCAAUACCAAUACCAAUACCACUAACGGCAUCAAGUGGAUUGACGGAUCAAUGUCCACUUACGAAAACCUGAAAACAGGCAUCGCCAGAGAAGGCCCCGGUGGAAGCUGCCUUUCCUUGCUCACUACCGAGGGCCGCUGGAAAUUUGACGAUUGCGAAGAAGAAAGCUGCUACAUCUGCAAGAGAAUAGGAAGAGGCAUGAUUUGACAUUCGUCCGAUUCUUACAGAGUUGUGUCAUCAGAUGUGAAGUAUUAAGGAAGGCUUCUUCUGAAGUCCCACAAUAGUAGUAGGCAGGCAUUUCUUUGUGGGC